GGUGGUGGUGCUGAUAAAAAAUAUUCUCUGCGUGCGGGCACAAGGGGUCUGACGUAAAUUCACAGGCCGGCAAGUCAUGGCCAGGAGAGAGCAUAGCGGUGGGUACGCUGCUCUUUCUCUGCAGCGUUGGGUAUGUGUGUGUUUGUGUGUGUGCGGACCAUGCUCGCAAAUACGCACACAAUGUCUCGUUCUCGCCUGGCUGCAUGGGAAGUACUCAGCGUUGAUCGCAGCCAGCCCUCACUCAGCUGCUGCCGUUUCUUAUAAAAAGGCCGGUGAGAAAAGUUUGUGAAUCAUUUCAAAGUUAAACCACCAAGUGAACACAUCGUUCCGCCUGGAUAUUGUGAGCCACACAAACUUCAGAGCAGAAUCUCCCAACUCAACAAUCAUAACUGUGGAUUAUCGCCGAUUUUAUUGGAUUUAAUUAACACCCCCCAACCCAAAAAAGAAAAUAUGGUCUUAGAAAUGGAAAUGUCCAAAACCUAUCAAUACCGCAAGGUGAUGAAGCCCAUGUUGGAGCGCAAACGCCGUGCCCGCAUCAACAAGUGUCUGGACGAGCUCAAGGAUAUCAUGGUUGAGUGCCUGACCCAGGAGGGUGAACACAUUACCCGCCUCGAAAAGGCCGAUAUUUUGGAAUUGACCGUGGAGCACAUGAAGAAGUUACGGGCCCAAAAGCAAUUGCGUCUGAACGGCAAUCAGGACACCAAACUGACCAUUGCGGAAAGUUUCCGGGCCGGUUAUAUUCAUGCAGCCAAUGAGGUUUCCAAAACAUUGGCCACCGUUCCGGGAGUCAGUGUGGACUUGGGUACCCAGUUGAUGAGUCAUUUGGGUCAUCGUCUCAAUUAUUUGCAAGUUAUUGUACCCACUGCCGUGGCACCUUUGGGAGUUGUACCCAGCGCUGCUGGACAUGUUGCAUCCCCCGGUAGUCAUUUCCAAUCCAUGGUGGCUGCUGGACAAACCCAGCUGUCGGCCAACACCUCCUUGUGCGGCAGUCCCGAACCUCCUGCACUCAUCACCCCACCUCCAUCUGAAUGUGGCAGCAGUGAAAGUGGUACCUGCAGUCCAGCACCCAGUGACUCGGGUUCCAUGUGGCGUCCAUGGUGAAUGUUCGACAGUGGCAAUAAGGUGCGAAGCACCGGCACCGGUCUCAAACAUUGAAACAUUUCGUUAAAGUUGCAAAACACGGCACAAGGUUUGGAAGCCUUCGAAAGCCAUCAGUCUCACUAUCUCGCGCACUCAAUGGAAGCAGUUUUUUGCAGAGAAUUAGCAAAAAGGAUAAAAAAUGAAGAAACAACUGGAAAAGUUGUUCGGAGGCCCCAGUAUCGAAACUGGGCU